AUGCCUUCCGCGACCGGUCAAAACUGGGAGAAGUACCAGAAGAAAUUCGCCGACGAUGAGAUUGAGGAGAAGAAAAUCACCCCCCUGACGGACGAGGAUAUCCAGGUCCUCAAGACCUACGGCGCCGCGCCGUACGGGACAUCGAUAAAGAAGCUCGAGAAGCAGAUCAAGGAGAAGCAGCAGAGCGUCGACGAGAAGAUUGGGGUCAAGGAGUCCGACACUGGUCUAGCACCACCGCAUCUGUGGGAUGUCGCCGCCGAUCGUCAACGCAUGUCCGAAGAGCAGCCCUUUCAGGUUGCGCGCUGUACGAAAAUUAUCGAGGACGACAAGGGAGACGAGUCCAAGAAGAAGUAUGUCAUCAACGUCAAGCAGAUUGCCAAGUUCGUCGUCCAGCUCGGAGACCGCGUCAGCCCAACAGAUAUCGAGGAGGGCAUGCGGGUUGGGGUGGACCGCAACAAGUAUCAAAUCAUGCUGCCGCUACCGCCAAAGAUCGAUGCCAGCGUCACCAUGAUGACGGUCGAGGAGAAGCCCGAUGUCACAUACGGCGACGUCGGCGGCUGCAAAGAGCAGGUCGAGAAGCUGCGGGAAGUCGUCGAGAUGCCUCUGCUAUCUCCCGAGCGGUUCGUCAGCCUGGGCAUCGACCCGCCCAAGGGCGCCCUGCUCUACGGGCCUCCCGGAACGGGCAAGACGCUCUGCGCCCGGGCUGUGGCCAACAGGACCGACGCGACCUUUAUCCGCGUCAUUGGUAGCGAACUCGUGCAAAAGUAUGUUGGCGAGGGCGCCAGGAUGGUUCGCGAGCUGUUCGAGAUGGCGCGGACCAAGAAGGCGUGCAUCAUCUUCUUUGACGAAAUCGACGCCGUCGGCGGUGCCCGGUUCGACGACGGAGCCGGCGGCGACAACGAGGUGCAACGAACCAUGCUGGAGCUCAUCACGCAACUGGACGGGUUCGACGCCCGAGGCAACAUCAAGGUCAUGUUUGCCACCAACAGGCCGUCGACGCUGGACCCGGCCCUGAUGCGACCGGGCCGCAUCGACCGCAAGAUCGAGUUCUCGCUGCCCGACCUCGAAGGCCGGGCCAGCAUCCUGCGCAUCCACGCAAAGAGCAUGUCGGUCGAGCGCGACAUCCGCUGGGAGCUCAUCUCGCGCCUCUGCCCCAACGCCACGGGCGCCGAGCUGCGCAGCGUGUGCACCGAGGCCGGCAUGUUUGCCAUCCGCGCGCGGCGCAAGGUGGCGACGGAAAAGGACUUUUUGAGCGCCGUCGACAAGGUCAUCAAGGGCAACCUCAAGUUCAACUCGACGGCGACGUACAUGCAAUAUAACUAG